AUGGUGCACAACCAUUUGAUUGAGCUCAAGACUUGGCAAUAUCCAUUCACAAUUCGUAUGUUUGUGCAUUCAUUCCAAUCAACGGGCACAAAGAUCUACACUCUCCGAACUGCCGUGUCAUGCCAGCCUCCACUUCCGACAAUGUUCUCCCACAACUCAGCCGUCAGCUCAUUUGAACAGCAAUCAAGCAUAGCAUCCUUGCCUCCAGGGAACGAGAUUGUACAAGAUACAUAUGGAGUUUUCGUAGAUGAGCCAAAUAACGUGCUACAGCCACUUCGGUGGUCGAAUUCUAUCGACAGUCCCGUAGGAACGACACUGGGUAAUAACUUAGCAUUUACGCCUUAUCCGGGAUACGUUCCUCCUCCUCCUCCUCCUCCUCCUCCUCCUCCUCUACCUGUACAGAAUGCCGCGAAAAAGAGCCCAUCUCUUGACGGUGCCAUGUUGUUCGCUCCUCCGCAAGGUCUUGACAAUUCUAUUGUUUCUCCAUCGCAUUAUGAAGAGCGUAAGAUUCAUCGUUUAGAUCCGACAUCCCCGUUCACCCAAAUGGGCACGCUCUCUUCACCUUCAUACUAUGCCGCACUAGCCGAGUUAUCCGGUCGAUCAGCCAAAAGUCAACCGGAGAAUAAUUUCGUCUACGCCUUCACACCGCAGCCGAUAAUCUACACAGAAUCGCCAGGCGUCACCGUGGAGGUUAUCCAUCCAAGGUCUUCUAUGUUUGAGAUCGAUAUCGUCGCCAUGAAUAUGAGUCAGACGACCAUCGUUGUUCUCGACAAUAUCAACUACAAUGCGGAAUUUUGCGAAAACUCUCAAGAAACGGUGAGUGCUCAAGGAAUAGGGUUUAAUUAA